AUGUCGCACGAGACUUACAACAAGUUAUGGGCUCAGGCUCAGGAGAUCCUAGAAGAUGCAACCAGAAUCGACGUGGACCAACAAUCUGCUAAACCCCUCAAAGACAAGCGGCUUGCUCACAGAAUAGUUGGGGAUUUGUUCAUCAAGUACACUCGUGCUAUCAACCGACUGGACCAGUGCUACGACCAGGUUGUGCAGCCACAGAAACGUCAGCUGUUGAAGCGACUACUUGACCUCAGCCUCGGACGGUAUCUGGAGCUCAAGCAUGAACUUGUCAACCUUGACUUGUCAGAGUUUAGCUACUUUGACGACCUUCUCACUGAACAAAGAGUUUUGCCUUCUGAAGCACAGGUAAACAUUCCUAACUACUAUAGGCGUGAACGAGCUCAGGAAAUUGCAGAUCGCAAGAAAACUAUGGACGAUAUUUUAAAAAAGUUGGGGUUUUACGAGGAAGAAUAUACAGGCAUUGAGAUGACGGAAGACGAAGCCAUCCGACUGAUUCAGAUACAUGAACGGGCACGUCAGGGACGCCUCAGGUCGCAGUUCAUGAAGGAGAUCCGCCUGCUGAAAGAGAAGGUGAAGGUAGAGCCACCCCCAGAGGACCAAGAGGAGCUUAUCAACCGCCAUGCGGCACUGCAGAUACAGAAACUCUGGCGCGGCUACGUCACUCGGCGCAGAGUGAGGAAGAGAGUCAUAGAGGAGAUGCUGCUCAUAGGUAUGUUGCCGCCAUCACAAAACUCUGUGGUGGAACGUCAGAGGGCAGCACAUGUCAAAGAGCUACGGCGAGAACUCCAGGAGCAAUACCAACAGGACUUCCAGGCGGCCAUCUUGGACGACAAAGAAGAUUUGAAGAAGAACCGUGGGGCUGUAAUGGCGGAAGAUAUGAAGGAUGAGAUGCGCGCCUGGGUAAUGGCGUACAAGGGCCAGACUGGGAAGUUCCCGGAGUUACCAAGUGAGGAGGCUGGAGGCUCAGCUCUGAUCUUCAGCAGACAAGGGGCGGAGAGUGAGCUGGGAAGCAAGUCUACAGCUCCUUCAUCCAAGGAGGGCAAAGGGAAAAAAGAAAAAGGUAAAAAGGGAACAAAAGACAAGGAUGACGCCAAGAAGAAAAAAUCGGAUGAAGAUGAGGACCCGGGCUUCAAGAUGGGAACAUCAAGUUUCCUUUCUGAUCUGAUGGUAGCGGGGGCAGAGUAUGACGAGGUAUGGCGAGGCAGGGACGAGAGUGUCAACCCCCGGCAGACCUACUACCCUGAGAUCAUACAUGACCAGAACACAGCACACCUAGAGGCUGAAAUCAGGAAGGUAAUUGAUGAGGAACUGAGAGCAGAACUUGAAUUGUUGCAAGCGGCUUUAGACAGAGAUCGAGCUAAGAAAGGCAAGAAAGGAAAAAAAGGAAGUAAGAAAAAGAAGGGAAGACGGACUGGAAAAAAAGGAAAGAAGAAGAAAGAAAAGGAUUUAACCCCAGAUCGCACUUUGGAAUCACUGUUUGAAGAAUUGAUUACAAAUGGAAUAAUCAAGAAAUACCCUGAGACACCUCUGUCAUCAUUUAUAGGGGAGAGAUCUUAUGCAGCCUCUGAACUGAGAUUUCAGGGAAAAGAUCCUCUACCAUCCCUUGGAGACAUUCGUCAGGUGAUGCUGGAGUAUUGUAUUCUGCCACUUGGUUCCAAGACCAUCCACCAGGUGUCUCCCCUGGUAAGGUCUAUGCUGAUUGCUGGACCGCGGGGGACAGGCAAGGACAUGUUGGUGCACGCCGUGUGUACUGAGGCCGGCGCAGUGCUGUUCGACCUCACUGCUGCCAACAUCGUGGGUAAAUAUCCUGGUAAGAGCGGCCUCAUCAUGCUCAUACAUCUGGUCAGCAAAGUUUCCAGAUUGUUGCAGCCGUCAGUUAUAUACAUGGACGGAGCAGAAAAGCCAUUCUUAAAAAAAGUGCCAAAAACUGAUAAGACUGACCCAAAAAGGUUGAAGAAAGAUUUACCUAAGCUGGUGAAAAGUAUUAGUCCCGAUGAUCAGGUUCUAUUACUGGGGGUAUCCCAUUGUCCAUGGGAGUGUGACCAGAAGCUGCUUGCACAGGCCUAUCACAAGAUGGUGCUGGUGUUGCGGCCCGACUACGCAAGUCUGCAACUUAUAUGGGCACAGUUGCUGUUCCAGUACAGCGGCGUCAGUCGUCAAUUUGACACUGGGGCUCUCACACGCCUCUCUGACGGAUACACCGUCGGCACGCUCGUUAACGUUGUCAAAGAGGUCAUGACAUGCAAACGCAUUCUACAACUCAGUAUACAACCACUAACGUUAGCAGAGAUAAUCAAUGUGUUGGCUCGCUAUGAACCGAUUUACAAAGAGGAAGAGGAACAGUUUCUGGCUUGGUUCAGCAAAACUCCACUGGGGAGGAGGAAAACACGAGCUCUAGAACUUGAACAGGAACAACAACUUAACAAGGAGAGUGUGAAUAAGAAUAAAAAGAAAUAAUCAUCGGCAAAAAA